GGUAUUUGUAUCAAAUGUGGGAAGGGUGUCUACGGAGCCAGCCAGGCGUGCCAGGCCAUGGGGAACCUCUAUCACACCAACUGCUUCAUCUGCUGCUCCUGCGGGAGAAGACUCAGAGGAAAAGCCUUCUACAAUGUCAACGGAAAGUUAAUACUGCGAAGAAGACUUCCUAUACUCGGGUUUUCAACAAACCGCCGACAAGUGCUUUGUGUGUGGACACCUCAUCAUGGAAAUGAUUUUGCAGGCUCUUGGAAAGUCUUACCAUCCUGGCUGUUUCCGCUGUGUCAUAUGCAACGAGUGUUUGGAUGGAGUCCCUUUCACUGUAGACGUGGAGAAUAAUAUUUACUGCGUCAAAGACUAUCAUACGGUUUUUGCACCAAAAUGUGCAUCCUGCAACCAGCCAAUCCUCCCAGCACAGGGUUCUGAGGAGACCAUCCGGGUUGUGUCAAUGGAUCGAGACUACCAUGUGGAAUGUUAUCACUGUGAGGACUGCGGUCUCCAACUCAAUGACGAAGAGGGUCACCGAUGCUAUCCCUUGGAGGGCCACCUCCUCUGCCACAGCUGUCACAUUCGGCGCCUCAACAUUCAAGUCCCAUCCCACCCUCCUCCUGGCUACCCGAUGCACGUAACGGAACUCUGAGGGAGACAUUCCUGCCUCUGUGUCACAGAAGGGAUGAGAAGAUGUGACAUUUGGGCACGGCUGUGGGGCGGGGAAGGGGUGUGGGCCAUUUGAAGGCCAUCUUCCAGGUUCAAGCAAAAUUCUUCAACUAAGCCGACUAAAUCUUUUUUAAAAAUCUGAGGUGAGAGCCUCUAACUGGCUCAUUCUCUUUUCCCCAUUCUUUCACCUAAGAGGCUUUCCACCCACAGAGAGUUUGGUGCUGCCAGCUGCCUGCCAAAGGCCUUUUUGCCUCAAGAUAAACUUUUUUGCCUCGAGAUUAACAGGGUUCGUAGUUCACUUGACCACAGACCUUCCCCAGUUUAGGUCUGAAAAACUAAACGCUCAUGCUAGAUGGAAAAAGCAUCUACUGGUUAGUGGAUGGCUGUUUGCUCGAGUCCAUUUCCCAGAGUAGUCCAGUUCCCCUACAAUUAUUUAUUUGUUCUCCCCUUAAUGUGGCUUAGGGUUGGGGAGAAGAAGGCUUACUUCUCUGGGAUACACAGCCCCUGCAAGGAUUGAGGGUGCUUUCCCCUGUGUCUAACAUCACUGAAGUUUUGUUUUUUUUUAAAAAAAAAAACAACAAAAAACUGAAACAUGUGGAGGCAGAAAGAACAGCCCAAUAGGGGCAGCCCCUCAAGUCUCACAGCAGAUUGGCUCUAGACAGAAUCUGUCAUUCCAGCCUGUUCGUGGGAAUUAGUUGGGCCACUGGUUUGAGUCUGUAUCUGUUUCCUACCCCUUUCUAAGGCUGCUUUGGUCCUAAUGCAGCUUGAAGUUUGUUAAGGUAGUGAAAAGACUCUUACGAAAGGUGUUUGUUUCCCACUAUCCUUUCAAGUCAUUCGCAGUGACCCACAGAGUCUUAACUGAAAUAGCGAGGGGUUCAAACAGUAUUAGCUGUCUGAAGAGGGUUCACGUUGUCCUCCUUUCCCCAUUAACCCUGGGACUCUGGGCCAGCCCAGAGCUUUCCUGAAGGAAAUUAAAGGGAUUUUCCAGUGAAAUGUUUGGUACUAUUUAUUAACCCUUUAGAUUGCAGAGCACACAAUGAUGCAGUACUGAUUUCUGGUGUUCUCUAGGAGAAAACCAGCUCUCACCCUCACCACUGUCGAUUGUGCUGCCAUUUCCAUCCUCACACCCUGGGUGGCAAACAUGCUUUACUCAGAGAAGUUGUUCCUGAGCCCCAAGCUAGAGAAAGAGCUGGGGCAGAUGACCUAGAAAAGAGCAGGUAUUCUUGUCUUAUCAACAGAAAGCUGUUUAUGCCCUCCCUGCCCAGAUUUUCUACAAGUGGAAUAUUCUGUGAAUUCCACAUGUGAACUUGUGCAGGCUUGGGUCUUCUUACCCAGAGGCUUUGCCAUCCAUAGGGGCAAAGUUUGUUUGGGGUAGGGAGUACUUAGGAGAGGUGGCAAGAAGCUAGUCCAAAUGGAAAACAAAACUCCCUGGACUCCGGAUUUCCCAUCAGGUCUUGUGGGCCUUGGAAAAGGUCACCAAAUAUGAAGAGGUGAGUACCUGGCUUAGGCAGAAGAGAUCCUGGUGGCACAGAAGGCAGAGCAGAUGUUCCCAGAACCAUAGAUCUGUAUUUAAACCCCACCUCAGACUGGGGAGGAGAAUUCAACUUCCCCACAAUUGGCUCCAGUGUGUUCCAGUGCUAUUGUGGUUGUUAGGCAAGUUCCAGGUUACUGUAGGAAAAUUAGCCUGUGUUCUUGGAGCAUCAAGCAACCGUGGCCAUUCUGCAACAGAAAAGAGUUUUCUACACCAACUCUCCAGCUCGCAUUCAGUGCUCGCAGAGUGAAAGAAUGGCAGUUCUGACUGUUCAUAAAGGAAAGGGGAGAGAGGAAACUGAGGAGAGCUCCAAGAUAUCCAGUCUGGAACCCAAGUCUUCCUGCCCCAUUUAAUGCUUGUGGUAUAGCCUGUGUCUUGCUCCAGUGCCUUGCCUUGGGAUUGCCACCUAAAGAGAUGAGGAUCUGAGAGGAGCCGUGUUUCAGAGCCCGGAAUUGAAUGAUGAUGGAAACCACAUUGGUAGGGACCAGCACCCAUCCCUUGCCCCUUUCCCAUUUCCUUGCAGCAGAGUCAAGGAUUCUGUGAUUGCAUCUCCACCUCUGAAUGAGCACAAGUAGCAAUUGUGCUCAUUUGUGGCUCUACAUGCCUUAACUCUGGCCCUGAGGGAACCUUACUGUGUUCCCUCCACCAGGAUCUCUCUAGGGCUCAGCGUUCAGCAAACUCAUAGUGCUGUGUAAGAUGGGUUGAGGGAGAGAAGGGAGACCUUACCGUCCUUAAUAGCCUCCUUAUCUGGCAUGGCAUGGUUGUUUGAAGAUCAGACUCUCCUCUUCCAGAAUUCCAAAGACUAGACCAAAAGAUUGGAAAGAUGUUGAGUGAUGAAACUAUUGAAAGAUUUUGGAAAGAGGGUAGCAGAUCUUAAGGGAGAGCUUCUAAAAAAGAAAGCCUGAAUGUAGCCCUCUCUAGGACAAGAAAUUCCAGAGCAGUUAAGUAAACCAAAGCUCUAAAAAGGAGGCACACAAAAGCGGCUUUCUUGUAUUGCAAGAAACGUGUAUUUGUGAUUUCAUCGUGUAUCUAAUGCCGUAAUGAGAGUAUAUAAUUUGACUUAAAUUAAGUUUUUCCUUUGAGAGUAUUUUCAUUUUCUUUAAAAGAAUAUAGUUUUCUUCCAAGAACUUGGAGCAAGGUUGGUUUUUUUAAUUUUGUAGGAAAUAUAUAAAUGCCCAAUUUGUAUAUCAUGUAACUAGUUUACAUGUGGCAAAUAUACAUUUUAGUUUUAACUAUUUUUGUAUAAAGUUGUGUAAAACCUCAAAUGUACUUCUGCUGGUUAGGCCUUAGAAUUGUUUUGGUCUUGUUUCAGUGUUUUUUUUUUUACUAUUCCUUUGGGUUGUUUUUUGGUUUUGUUUUUUUUUUUUGAAGAAAUGAAGACUGGGGGAAAAUGUAGAUUUAUUUAUCUAAAAGAAAUUACUUGCUAUCAUCUUAAGUUAUUUAAUGUUAAAAGCCAGUGUCAUUUAACCUUAGAUGUUAUAAUCGGCUUUUUUGUUCUUUUCCAAUAAAGACUUUUUGUAGUUA